GGCCUGAGCUGCGCCUGCGUAGUCGGGAGGGGAAGUGAGGCGGUUUCUUCGGCGCCUUUUCCGGCAGCGGCAGCGGCGGCAGAGCUGGGAAGGAGGAGGUGGAGGCAGGAGGGAGCCCGCGCUCGGGGCGGCGGCUGGAGGCAGCGCGCUGAGUUCCCGCGAGGGAUCCAUGAGCAGACGGGGCGGCCCGGGUCGGUGACUAGCCCGGGGUUGGCGGGCCGUCGGGCGGGCGCGGAGGACCGGGCACAGCGGCGGCGCUCGCGCGGCGCCUGGCGGGGGGAAGGGCAGUUCCGGGCCGGGCCGCGCCUCAGCAGGGCGGCGGCUCUUCCCCGGCGCAGGCUCAGGGCCCCGGCGGCCGGAGGAAGCAAGUUGUGCGGUCGGUGAUGUCCGAGUGAGCGGCGCCCCCCUCGGAGGCGACACCCACGCAGGCCGCACGGGCGCCCUCGCGGCGGGAAGGCUGCGUUUCGGUUUCGAGGCGGCGGCUGUGUUGGUUUGAGGGGACCCGGGACACCUGAAUGCCCUCGGCCCCGGCUCUUACGACGCGAUGGGGAAGGUGCUAUCCAAAAUCUUCGGGAACAAGGAAAUGCGGAUCCUCAUGUUGGGCCUGGAUGCGGCCGGCAAGACCACGAUCCUGUAUAAGUUGAAGCUGGGCCAGUCGGUGACCACCAUUCCCACAGUGGGUUUCAACGUCGAGACGGUGACUUACAAAAACGUCAAGUUCAACGUGUGGGAUGUGGGAGGCCAGGACAAGAUCCGGCCGCUGUGGCGGCAUUACUACACGGGGACCCAGGGUCUGAUCUUCGUGGUGGACUGCGCCGACCGUGACCGCAUCGACGAGGCCCGCCAGGAGCUGCAUCGCAUUAUCAAUGACCGGGAGAUGAGGGACGCCAUCAUCCUAAUCUUCGCCAACAAGCAGGACCUGCCCGAUGCCAUGAAACCCCACGAGAUCCAGGAGAAACUGGGCCUGACCCGGAUUCGGGACAGGAACUGGUAUGUGCAGCCCUCGUGUGCCACCUCGGGGGACGGACUCUACGAGGGGCUCACAUGGUUAACCUCUAACUACAAAUCCUAAGGAGCGGUCUCCACCCAGUUCCCCGGAAGGAGAGAAAUCAAAAACCCAUUCAUAGGAUUAUCACCACCAUCACCUCUUUCAAUCGCCACUUUCUCUUCUUUUGAAUUUGAACUCUGGAGUUACUGUUCUAUGGUUUAGGGAGGGGGGGUUGGGUGUUUUUUUUUUUUCCUUUUUUCUGCUUUGCGUUAGGAUGCUCUGAUCUGACAUUUGACAUGCUCACAAAGUGCUAGAUGCUCUUGUUGACUUCCAGCAAAUGGGGUGGGGGAAAUAGAGCAGUUCUUGGUAAAAUCCUUUAUAAUAAUGGUUUGAUUUUUUUUUAAUUUCUAGAGAAUCUUUUUCCCCCCCAAAAUGUAUGCUUUUUUCCCUUUUUGCCCAGUUUCCUUAUCACUUGCUGUAGAUGGCUUAUUUUGCAUUCAUGCAGACUAUGUUGCAAGUCUGUUUCAUCUAGUAAAUUGAAAAUUAUUGCUUAAUCAAACUGCCGUUUGUCUUUUAUAUUUAAGACCCCCCCCGCCUUAUGAAUUCUAACUUAGUAAUUUCAAAUGUGACCUAAGACCAGUAUACGUAAACUUAGCCCACAGUGGCAAAUUAUGAGUAAUAUCAUUGUAAUAUGUUCCAAUUGCACAUCACUAUGUUAAACAGGUAAUGUAACAACCUCUUUGAAAUAUCAGCUUUUAACUCCUAAAACAUACAUCAUGCAUGAGUA